CGUGGCUCCUGCAUCCAGCCUUGUUACCUUUUUUCAGACAGAAAAGGGGUGGCUGGCAGCUGCAUAUUGAGGUGGUUUGAAGAAGAAGGGGGGGAUAAGAAGAAGAAUGAGGGAUUAGAUACAGUGACGUCUAAUCGGCUAAGCGCUUGAUUGACAGCUUUAAAAAAAUGGUUCCAGAAAGGCAAUGGGAGCAGGGAGCAAAAAAUAAAAUAAAAUAAAAAAAACACACACAUCAAAAUACAACGGAGAAAUAUAAAUGGGAAUGAGAACAUGGGUCAAGAAAAACCAAGUCUGUUUGCUCCCGUUUGUAAGGGAAUGAUGGACCUGAUUCGAAUACAACUCGGAAACUUGAUCUGAUCCAGACUCGCAGCGAUAUACAUCGCCUUAUAUGCCCAGUGGUAAUAGGGCCUUAGUGAGUGCCAGUUUUUCCCAUGAAACCACUGCUUGUGAAUGGUGGUGGCAUGGGACAGUGUAUCGAGAGAGGUUUUCUAUUUUUGCUGUACACAGAUUGGGGAAGAUGGUUCUGAGCCUAACAACUAUACCAUUGCCUUGAAUUGUUCUGUGUGGAGAACAUUACUUGUCUGUGAGAGAAAUGAUGCUUUGUUUUCUUAGAACAAUUGCUAUCUUGAGAGGGCGAACAAGGGAAAUUUUUAGUGGGCAAUGCUGGCAUGUUCAGUGAUAUUUUUGAAAGGAGUGUUGAUGGCAAUGCAGUAGAAAAGGGAGUAAGAACCAUCAGACUGAAGAGAGCUUGACUGUGUUGCAUGGUUGCUGGCAUUCUGGAUAUAUUUUCUGUGAGCCUUGCUGAGAUAUCAUGUCACACCCCAGUGCUCCUCCAGGAUAUGAUGAUCGAAAUCCCCUUAAUCCUCCACCUGUUGGUGGAUACUCAGGGGGAUACCCUGCAGGUUAUCCACAGCCCCCACCAUAUGGGAGUGGAUACCCACAGCCUGGAGCAUAUCCUCAGCCUGGAGCAUAUCCACAGCCUGGAGGCUAUCCACAACCAGCCAGAUACCCUCAACCUGUUCCACCAAUGCCAACACUUCCAAUGAACUUUGGUGAUAGCUAUGUCAGUGGUGGUUCAGGAGGAGAUGGAGCGUUUCAUGUCGCAGAUUGGGAUGAUCAGAAAGUUAGACACACUUUCAUCCGUAAGGUCUAUAGCAUCAUCUCAGUGCAACUUAUCCUGACUGUGGCCAUCAUUGCAAUCUUCACCUUUGUUGACCCUGUGUCUUCUUUUGUCCGGAGAAAUGUUGCUGUGUAUUAUACAUCAUAUGCUGUGUUCCUGGUCACUUAUCUGGUGCUGGUAUGUUGUGAAGGCCCACGGAGACGCUUUCCAUGGAAUAUCAUCCUUCUCUUUGUCUUUACAUUGGCUAUGGGAUUCAUCAGCACCAUUGCUAGCAUGUACAGUACAAAGGCUGUGCUAAUUGCCAUGAUAAUCACCGCUAUUGUGGCCAUCAUUGUCACCAUCUUCUGCUUCCAAACAAAGGUGGAUUUCACAUCCUGCGCUGGCUUGUUUUGUGUGUUGGGCAUUGUCGUCAUGGUGACUGGUAUUAUCACAGCCAUUGUCCUCGCCUUUAAAUAUGUCUAUUGGCUUCACAUGCUGUAUGCGGCCAUUGGUGCAAUUGCCUUCACACUGUUUCUUGCCUAUGAUACCCAGUUGGUGCUGGGCAACAGAAAACACACCAUCAGCCCUGAGGAAUAUGUCUACGGAGCCCUCAAGAUCUACACAGACAUUGUAUACAUCUUUACUUUCCUGCUGCAGAUUGUGGGCAGCAGAGAUUAGGCGAUGGAUUCUCUGCCGCUUUGUUAGGACUUUUGACAACUUUCUCUAGUGGUCAAGGGGAACAUGAUUUUCUGAAUAUAAUGUCCUGCUGCAUGGCUUUUGCCUCUAGGCCAUGGAUAGAAGUUACUAGGGGGUUUAUAUGGUGGACAGAGAUAAAGAUAAAAGUGGAAAACCAUAUAUUGUAUACAGUGUAGAUACUGACCCUAAUAUGCAAGAUGCCAUUUAUUUCUCUGUUGCUAUUUGUGGAGCCCUUUCCUAUAUCUAGUGCCUUGAAUCCAUGAAUGUAGUGUAUAUUACUACUUUGGUGUGAUAUAUCUUAGCCAUUUCAGCUUAUCUCCUGUUUGUAUUUUGUCAAUAUACUUAUCCAAGAUGUUGAUGGCUCUUCCAAAAACCUCAGGGCUCCACUGAAUAAAUGCAAAUAAACUUUAUAUUUUUGAAUUAA